AUGGCGGGGAUCCUGGCGUGGGCGGCCGACGUGGUCGGCGGCGCCGGCGACAGCGACGACGAGGCCGCCGCCGAGCGCGAGCGCGCCGCGGCCAUGACCCCGGAGCAGCGGCUCCGCGCCGCCGACCUGGACGCGCGGGCGUCGUCGCUGCGGCGCGCGAUCCAGGACCUGCGCGCCCGCGUGCCCCCGCCGAACGUCGCGCAGCGGCUGCCGCACCUGCACGCUCACUCCCUCGCCUCCUCCGCCGCCCUCGCGCUCCAGCUCAACGCCCACUCCUCCACCAAGGAGCAGGCACUGCAUAGAGAGGUGAAAAUUCAAGAGGAAAAUACCGCCUAUGAGAAGGCGAUAUCCGAUUGCCGCCAGAAAAUUCAGGAGAAGCAGAUGGAGGCUGCUGUGCUCCAGAGUAAUUUGAAGGGAAUGGAAAUUGCAGAGCUGGAUUUAAAGGCAAAGGUUGACAAUGCUAUCAUGGAGCAAGAGGCUGCUCAACAUAAAGCAUCAAUGGCUGCUUCGGAAGCUACUGGAAAUGCUCUGCUAGAAGCUGAAUCGUUGAUGAAUCUCAAGUCUAAAGACUUGGAAGAGAAGAAGGGGGAGUUGAAAUUAUUGGAAGACAAGAUACAAAGAUUGGAGAAAGUAUGGUCCUCGGUUGAAGAAGAAUCUUUGAAAAAUCCAAGUCCUGCCCAGAGGGAGAAGGUACUGGAGAAACAAUUACAUAGCCUCAUUGAACAGUUGACAGCUAAACAAGCUCAAGCUGAAAGGCUCAUCACUGAUAUACAUGCCAAAGAAAAGGAUCUGGAAAGGUUGAACAGUAUACAGAGAAAUCUUCACAGCGGCUCCAGCGAAGCAGGUGCAGCACGGAACCGGUUCGGCGGAGGGCUUCUGAGCGGGGAUGAAGAUUCUGGCUCCAAAGCUGCCCGGAGACCCGGCCAAUCCGGUGGUUUUAGAACAGAAGGCCAGAAAAGGCUCAUGAUUCUUAGGUCCGCUUUUGUUCUCUAUAUCUUGGUACUGCACGUUGUCGUCUUCAUAAAGAUAUCAGUUUCGAACUAG